CUAGUAUUUUAAAGUGGGAAAAUGGUUGAAUAAAGAUAUGAAGUAGAAAAAUAAAAUAAAUCAUGUUUGCAGAAAAAAUGAGUUCCAAGUCAAGUCAAUUUAAAUUGCAAUUGCUGGGACGACUUUGAUAGCGUGUAAAAGGAUCAUAAAAUUUAUGUGUCAAUUUGAGUGAGGGAUGGGCUGCAUGUUGAAGUCUUGAAGCUUAAUUUAGCCACAAAUUUUGCAUAUCGACUUUUCAAUUUUGCUAUAAAUAUUAAUGUUUGGUUGCUCAGUAUUUCAUGUAUAUUUUCCUUCCCUUAUAGUAAAGAGUAUUUGAGUAGAAAAUGGAAUCAUGGAUGUGGUGUUUCCUUCUCUGUUCCCAUUUGCUCAUCCUUUAUUUUUCGCCCUCUCAUUCCUUAUGCCACCCCCAUGACACCUCUGUCUUGCUCCACUUCAAAAACUCCUUCACUAUUUAUCCUUAUAAUUAUUAUGAUUGUCAUCAUGGUUAUUCAAAGAUGGCAACAUGGGAAAAUGGGACAGAUUGUUGUUCUUGGACUGGUGUCACCUGCCAUCCCAUCUCAGGUCACGUCACUGAGCUCGACCUCAGCUGCAGUCGCCUUUACGGCAAAAUCCAUCCAAACAGUACGCUUUUUCAUCUUUCUCAUCUUCAUUCACUUAAUCUUGCUUUCAAUUAUUUUACAGAAUCUCAAUUGUCAUCUCUCUUUGGUGGGUUCGUGAGCCUCACGCAUCUCAACUUGUCUCAUUCUGAAUUUGAAGGGGAUAUUUCUUCCCAAAUCUCUCACCUUUCCAAAUUAGUCUCGCUUGAUCUCUCUGGUAAUGAUUUGUUAGAGUGGAAGGAAGAUACUUGGAAGAGAUUGCUCCAAAAUGCAACAGUUUUAAGGGUGCUUGUUUUGGAUGGAACAGAUAUGUCUUCCAUUUCAAUCAGGACACUCAAUAUGUCUUCCUCUUUGGUUACUCUUAGUCUAGGACAGACUUGGCUAGGAGGAAACUUGACAGAUGACAUUCUCUGUUUACCAAAUCUUCAGCACCUAUCUCUUUCAGAUAACAGGGACCUUGGAGGCCAGAAGCUUCCAGAAGUGAGUUGUAGAACAACUUCUCUUGAUUUCUUAGAUCUUUCACAUUGUGGUUUCCAAGGGUCAAUCCCUCCCUCUUUCUUCAACCUCAUACAUCUCACUUUCCUGGACCUCUCAGUUAACAACCUCAACGGUUCAAUCCCAUCCUCACUCUUAACCCUUCCACGGCUAUCUUUUAUGAAUCUAGAAGCUAACCACCUCAGUGGUCAAAUCCCAAAUGUCUUUCCUCAAUCAAACAACUUUCACGAAUUGGAUUUGAGACAUAACAAAAUAGAGGGUGAGCUGCCAUCAACACUUUCAAAUCUUCAACAUCUCAUUCACUUGGAUCUUUCACAUAAUAAAUUGGAGGGCCCUCUGCCUAACAAUAUAACAGGGUUUUCAAACCUAACAUCGUUAAGCUUAUAUGGCAACUUACUGAAUGGGACAAUUCCUUCUUGGUGUUUAUCUUUGUCAUCUUUGGUGGAUUUAGAUCUAUCAGGAAACCAAUUAUCAGGCCAUAUUAGUGCAAUCUCAUCAUAUUCCAUGGAGAGAUUGUCUUUAUCCCACAACAAGUUACAAGGCAAUAUUCCAGAAUCAAUUUUUAGCCUUCUAAACCUUACUUACUUAGAUCUAUCAUCAAACAAUCUAAGUGGAUCUGUCAAAUUUCAUCGUUUCUCCAAGCUUAAAAAUUUGGGAAGACUUCACCUUUCACAGAAUGAUCAGUUAUCACUAAAUUUCAAAUCCAAUGUAAAUUAUAGUUUUUCCCAUUUAUUCAGUUUGGACUUAUCUUCUACGGGUUUAACUGAAUUUCCAAAAUUAUUGGGAAAAGUCCCAAGUUUGGAAUCGCUCUUUUUGUCCAACAACAAACUUAAAGGUAGAGUGCCAAAUUGGUUGCAUGAAAUAUCGUUAUCUGAAUUGGACCUCUCUCAUAACCGAUUGAACCAAUCAUUGGACCAAUUCUCGUGGAACAAACAACUUGGUUACCUUGAUCUUAGUUUUAACUCAAUCACUGAUGGCUUCUCUUCCUCAAUUUGCAAUGCAAGUGCAAUUCAGAUUCUCAACUUAUCUCACAACAAGUUGACAGGAACCAUUCCACAAUGCCUUGCUAACUCAUCAUCCCUUCAAGUUUUGGAUCUACAACUGAACAAGCUUCAUGGCACUUUGCCAAAUACCUUUGCACAGGACUGUGGGCUCAGAAUUCUGGAUCUCAAUGGCAACCAACUAUUAGAAGGUUUUUUGCCAGAAUCUUUGUCCAAUUGCUUUGAUCUGGAGGUUUUAGAUCUUGGAAACAAUCAAAUAAAGGAUGUGUUUCCCCAUUGGCUUCAAACUCUAGCAGACUUGAAAGUAUUGGUUUUGAGAGCCAACAAGUUGUACGGUCCCAUUGCGGGAUCAAAGACCAAGCAUGGGACCAAGCAUGGAUUCCCCAGUUUAGUCAUUUUUGAUGUCUCUUCCAACAACUUCAGCGGCCCAAUACCAAAAGCCUACAUUGAAACAUUUGAAGCCAUGAACAACGUUGCUCUACAUGCCUGGCAAUACAUGGAAGUUAUUUUAAAUUCUUCUGACUACGCUGAUUCUGUGACUCUAACAACAAAAGCAAUUACUAUGACAAUGGACAGAAUUCGAAAUGACUUUGUUAGCAUUGAUUUAUCCCAAAACAGAUUUGAAGGAGAGAUUCCAAGUGUCAUUGGGGAACUUCAUUCACUCAGAGGGCUAAACCUUUCCCAUAACAGACUUAUUGGUCCUAUUCCCCAAUCCGUGGGAAAUUUGAGAAACUUAGAAUCGUUGGAUCUCUCCUCAAAUAUGCUUACUGGUGGGAUACCUACAGAAUUAAUCAAUUUGAACUUUCUUGAAGUCCUAAAUCUUUCCAAUAACAAUCUUGUGGGAGAAAUACCUCAAGGAAAACAGUUCAGUACCUUUUCCAAUGAUUCCUAUGAGGGAAACUCAGGGUUAUGUGGACUCCCACUGACAAUCAAAUGCAGCAAGGACCCUGAACAACAUUCUCCACCUUCAACUACCUUCAGGAGAGAAGGAGGAUUUGGAUUUGGUUGGAAACCAGUGGCUAUAGGAUAUGGAUGUGGAAUGGUCUUUGGAGUUGGAAUGGGAUGUUGUGUACUGUUAAUGGGAAAGCCUCAAUGGCUUGUGAGAAUGGUUGGAGGUCAACUCAAUAAAAAGGUGAUAAGGAAGACAAGGAUGACAUCUAAUGAAAAUGGUAGCAUAAUGAAUUAGAUGAUAUGUGGCAUGACAGUAGAAUGUCUUCUUGCACACCUUCCUGUUGAAAUUCAAUUCUGCCUUGUUGAAAAUAAAACAUAAGGGCCAAAACCUUAUCACACUGCAUUGCAUAUGCAUGGGAGAUCUGAUUCAAAGUUUAGUUGUAAUUGUAAUAUGAUGUGUUGUACUUUUUUUUUUCUCUGUUGGAUAGAUGAGUGUUAUGUACUUUUUUUCCCCUUCCUUUGCUCAUGAAACUUGGGUGUAAAUCAUCAUAAGUUUGAUGUUCCUCAUUUUCCUUGAGCGUGCUAUUUUGUUUUAUUUAAUACAUAUAAUAGUAGUAUUGGUUAUAUAAUAAUAGUUGUUGUUGUAUACUUUUAAAAAUGUUAUGCAUUGGUCGUUGCUAGAAACAGAAUAUUAUGUGUUAACAGUAUGUAGUUAUAUUUCAUUCGAGGAGUUAGUUCACGUACAGUAGUUUUACCUAAAUGUACUUGUCUUAUUUCGUUUAAGGAGCUUAUUUCACAGUUUCACCUUCUAA